CCAAGGUGGGGGCGGGGCGGGGGGCGCAGGCAACUGAGCCCGAGGAGCCCCGCGGGGCAGGAACCCUUCAACCGGAAAAGAGGCGCAGAACCCGGGGACGGGCCCGGCCGCGCCUCCUGCCUUCCGCCACACUCAAGAUGGUGGACUGGCUACCCCCGCCCCCCUAGCCCUGGUCUCGCGAGGACGGCGCGCGCGUCCAUUGCGCCGUGCGGAAACCUGCGUCGGUGCUGUGGAGUUCCGCCUCUCCCGGAAGUGGCGGAAGGGUGACUGGAGCGGAGCGGAAGUCACCGGAGAGUCGGGCGGAGGCGGCGAGCGAGGAUGAACAACAAAUUUGACGCUUUGAAAGAUGAUGACAGUGGGGACCAUGACCAGAACGAAGAGAACAGCACACAGAAAGAUGGUGAGAAGGAAAAAAAUGAUCGUGACAAACCCCAGAGUAGCACCAAGAGGAAGGCUGUUGUCCCAGGGCCGGCUGAGCACCCCCUGCAGUAUAAUUAUACUUUCUGGUACUCCAGACGAACACCCGGGAGACCCACCAGCUCUCAGAGCUAUGAACAGAACAUCAAACAGAUCGGCACCUUCGCCUCAGUGGAGCAGUUCUGGAGGUUUUACAGUCACAUGGUACGUCCCGGGGACCUGACAGGCCAUAGCGACUUCCAUCUCUUCAAAGAGGGAAUCAAACCCAUGUGGGAGGACGAUGCCAACAAAAAUGGUGGCAAGUGGAUUAUCCGUCUGCGCAAGGGCUUAGCAUCCCGCUGCUGGGAGAAUCUCAUUCUGGCGAUGUUGGGAGAACAGUUUAUGGUGGGGGAAGAAAUCUGUGGGGCAGUUGUCUCUGUCCGAUUCCAGGAGGAUAUUAUCUCCAUAUGGAACAAGACCGCUAGCGACCAGGCUACUACAGCUCGGAUACGUGACACGUUACGCCGAGUGCUUAACCUACCUCCGAACACCAUCAUGGAAUACAAAACGCACACCGACAGCAUCAAGGAUAAUUCGAGCUUUCGAAACACCAAAAUCACAUUGUGAGAACAAGGCUGGUGGUAAAUUCCUCUCUUGGUGUAAACCCGCUGAGAGGUCUCCAACCGUGCCCUGCCAUUUCUGGAGGGCCGCGCAGGCUGGAUUGACUGCGCCACCCUUUUGCACUCAACCCCAGAGGAAGGAUUUCAUUCAAAGCCCAUCUGCAUCGGUGACUAAUAAGAGGCUGACCUAGUCACAUGAAACUCUUUGCAAUGGCAGGGCGGGAGGCUGACUUUUCAGUUAGCAGGGUGCCCUCCCAGUGCUUCCUUCAGCACUUUCUCUCCUCUUUCCAUACCCUGUGCAGAGGAUAUUGUGAUCCCAUGCGCUCGUGCUGGGGGGUACCAGUAUUAAUGAAUCUCUGCGGCCAGGAGAGAUGACCCAUUGGUUUGAAAAUGCCCCCUUUCAGCUCUGCCAAUAAAUUAUUGGGUCUCUUUCUUUCAA